AACGUUCGCAGCUACACAGCUACAAUCUACAUUGACAUGACUAAUAGACAAUAGCAUCUUGUUUUCUUAUCCCUCAUUUUUUAUUUAACUUUUUCAUUUUUAUUUCCCGAGCUUUCUUUGAACCUUUGCUUGCUUUGGUUCCUUGGCCAGCAUGUCUCCACAACAACAGCAACAUCAACACUCUCUAAAGGAAACAGAUUUAAUAGCCUACGAUAAUGUCGCCGCCGGGCAUGAAGGCGUCCUGUCCGACUCCUCAGGCGCGCUCAUAAUCAAGCCAUGCACGGCGGCAGAAAUAUUCUUUUACGAGUCCGCAUUCACGCAUCCCGAGUUUCUGUCCUACAUGCCCGCGUUCAUGGGCACGCUUAGUCUUUCUCCACAGAACAAUGACCCUGCCGCUGUUGCUGCACUUACAGCCGCCGCUGCUGCGACCCCAGGAACUUCUUCAGAGCAAGACACGCCUUUGCCGGUCUCUGAGCUACCUCCUAUCGAAUCAGCAACACCAACGAUACCAACGGUACCAACGCCACUCGAUACCGUAGAUCCCCAUACCCCGAACCCUCAAUCUUCAACGACCGACGACAGCAAUAUCCCUGCCACAGCCACUGCUACAGAGGACAACCGCACGCCCGACGAGCGGGAUCCUGGUCCGCUACGUGGCAAAAAACUAGACACCGGACUGGCAAUCGUGCUGGAAAAUGUCGCGGGGAAAUUCACGCGGCCAAAUAUACUAGACGUCAAGCUCGGCGCGCAGUUAUGGGACUCGCAGGCCCGGCCCGAGAAACGCGCGCGACUCGAUAAAGUCGCUGCGGAGACGACAAGUAAGAGUCUUGGGUUCCGCAUUGCAGGGAUGAAAGUAUGGCGCGGUGAUUCUCUUCCUCUUCCUGGCAGUAGUAGUACUCCUCCUCUUCCUAGCAGCAGCAGCAACACUACUCCCCCUCCUCCUGGUGGCAGCACCACUACUGCGACAGGAAACAAUGCCAGCAACGAGGAGUCCACCGAAAUAUCACAACCAGACCGAUACCAGACCUACGACAAGUUCUACGGCAGGAGCUUCACGGCAGAGAAUGUGGCCGAUGGCUUUGCAGAGUAUUUGCGCUUCGACAACGGCGUCGCACUUCCCGGGGAUUGUCGUGCUGGAACAAGUCCUUUUGAAACCGACACAUUUACAUUACGGAAUAGCGAUACUGCAAAAGACAGAUCACGGAAUGAGACGGCAAAAGACAUGUCACGGAAUAAUAACGAGACGGCAAAAAUGCUGGCACGCCGAUUCGCAAACGACGUGCGUGGGAUCCAGACCAUGCUCGAGCGCGAAGAAAGCAGAAUGUAUUCUGCGAGUAUCCUAUUCGUGUACGAGGGCGACGAGAAGGCCCUACAGGAUGCCCUCGAGGCCGAACAGGCAGAGGGUACGGGGAAUGAUAUAUCUCAGCGUCCAAAUGUCGAGCCUGAAGUCCAUCUCUUGGAUGAGAAGGACGAGGAUGAGUUUGGCCUUGACCUUGGCGGCGACGAAGAGGACGAAGAGGAAGAAGAGGAUGAAGAGGAUGAAGAGGAUGAAGAGGAUGGUCCGCCGCCGAUAAGCGCGACGAAACUCAUCGAUUUUGCACAUGCACAGUGGACGCCAGGACAAGGGCCAGACGAGAAUGCAUUACAGGGCGUGAGAAGCGUAGCGGAUAUUUUAGAACGGCUUGCUAUUGCUACAAGAUAGACGUUUCCUGUUUGUAAAAAUAUAUUCAUUUGAAUUUUGCUUCUAAACCCCCACCGUGUCUAUCUAAUUGAAUGAAAAAGCAUCAAUAUGACCGUCUAUAAAGAUGUUAUCAACAUAAAAAACCAAUGCCAAUGCUCAAUUGGAGGCUCCUAAGGGCAUUCCAUUGAUAAACCCCGACUAAUAGACCCGACGAAUAGACCCCGACUACUCU